AAGGCUCCAAAAGGAGGCUCCUCCCCCUCCGCCUCUCGUCUCUCUCCCCCGGCGCAUAAAACCAAGCAAGCGCGCACCUCACUCCCAGUCCCAGACAAGCCACAAAGCACCCAAACCCCAAAAGCAAAGGGGAAGAAACAAGCAAAGACAUGGCCACCGCAGCAAAAGCGCCCUUCUUCCGCCGCCGCUGAGCUAGGUAUACAUACUCCCUCGCGACCACACGCCGGUCCAUGGGUGCGGCGCGUCCGCGGCGCUGGAAGCUGCCAUUCCACCGCGCCGGCAGCGCGCCCUCGUCGCCGUUCUCUUCCGAGUCGUUGCCCGCAGCACCGCCUCCCUGCUCGCCGGCGCGGCCUGAGGCGUGGGCGGAGGAGGCCGUGCCGCCGGAGUUCGUGUGCCCGGUCUCGGGCGCGCUGAUGGCGGACCCGGUGAUCCUGCCGUCCGGGCAGACGUACGAGCGGGCGUGCCUCCAGGCCAGCGCGGAGCUGGCGUUCUUGCCCCCCGGCGUUGAGUCCGGGGGUGCCGACACGAUGAUACCUAACUCGGCGCUCAAGGCGGCCAUCGGCACAUGGUGCGCGCGAUCCGGCCGGGCGGUGCCGACACCGCCGUCGGCCGAGGCCGCCCGGGAGGCCGUCCUGCGCUCGAUGCCCCCGGCCGCCGCCAAGUCUGUCAGGACAACUAGGCGCGCGGCGAUGGCCAGCUCGUCCAACUCGUCCUACUCGUCGCCGGCGUCGACGUCGUCGUACGGAUCGUCCUCGGAGAUCACCGCGGCGGAGGAGGAGGUGGACGGGAGGCCCGUGAAGGAGGCACCGCAGAAGAGGAUAAUCAAGGAGGUGGAGGUGGAGACGGCAGCGGUUGACCCGUUGGAGGACGAGGUGGUUGCCAAGGUGAUGGAAGCGGACGAGGAGGGGGUGGUGGCGGCGGCGAUGGCCUCGCUCCGGGAGGCCACGCGGGAGAGCGCUGAGCGGCGGCGCGCGCUGUGCAGUCCACGGCUGCUCGGCGCGCUGCGGCGCGUGCUGCUGCUCCCGCGGCACGCCGCCGCGCGGGUCGACGCGACCGCGGCGCUGGUCAACCUCUCCCUCGAGCCGGCGAACAAGGUCCGCAUCGUGCGGGCCGGCGCGGUACCGGCGCUCGUGGAGGUUCUCCGCUCGGGCGCCUCCGCGGCCGAGGCGCGGGAGCACGCGGCGGGGUCGCUGUUCGGCCUGGCGCUCAACGAGGACAAUCGCGCCGCCAUCGGCGUGCUCGGCGCGGUGCCUCCCCUCCUCGACCUCCUCACCUACCCCGGUAACCCCGCGCGCGCGCGCCGCGACGCCGGGAUGGCGUUGUACCACCUCUCCCUCGCCGCCGUCAACCAGACCAAGAUCGCGCGCUUCCCGGGUGCGCCCAAGGCCCUGCUCACCGUCGCGUCCAGCGCCGCCGAGCCGACCCCGAUCCGCAGGCUGGCGCUCAUGGUGGUCUGCAACGUCUGCGCCUGCGCGGAGGGCCGCGCCGCGCUGAUGGACGCGGGCGCCGUGGCGGCCGUCGCGGGCAUCCUUUCCUCUUCCCACGACGCCGCCGCCAACCGCAGCGGCAGCGGCAGCGCGGACCUCGAGGAGUGGUGCGUGGCGGCAAUGUACGCCAUGAGCCGCGGCAGCCUCCGGUUCCGCGGCCUGGCGCGCGCCGCCGGCGCGGACCGGGCGCUCCGUCGCGUGGCCGACGAGGGCGCGCCCGGCGGCGUCCGGCGCGAGAUGGCGAGGAAGACCCUCCGCGCCAUGCUUGGCGACCUGGACGAGGACGACGGCAACGACCUGACCGGCAGCAGCCUGGAGUACGGCGAGGGCGACGACUGCGGCGGAAGCAUCGUGUCGGACGGGCUCAUGUCGUUCCGGCGCCGGCAGCGCGAGGUCGGGGUCUCGUCCUGCGGCAACACCGCCGAGUUCUGAAACGAUCCUCCUCCGCGAUCGAUGAUCCUAUUCCAUCCCGCCAUGUUUUGUAUGUAAAAUUGCUUGCUUUAGGUUCACAGCGUUACUAUCUGUAAGACAUUUGUGCCGUGUCAGACGAUGAAAAACGCCCUUGGUUUUUGGAA